AUGACUGAUGAUUCAAAACGAAGUUUUCUCAAUACUGUUUACCAAUGUAUCACUAAAUUUACAUCAAAAGAAUCAGCAUCAUUUACUACAAGUACUGAUGUUCAACAUAUGAAUGAAGAUAAUGAAAAAUGGUCAAUUGAACAUUUACCGACUUUAUCAGUCACUUCAACUGAAACUUCAAACACUUUACAAGUCAAUUCAACUAAAGUUUCAGAGAGUGUAGCAAACACUUCAAUUGAACGAAUGAAAUUAUGUAUUAGUAAAAUAAAAGAUAAUCAAAUAAAUGAAGAACAAAAAAAAGAAUUUCUUAUUGAACUUUGUCAUUGGGCUGAAGAACUUCAUUCAGCAGAAGAUUUUUUUACUCUUGGUGGUCUUGAUAUUCUAUCAAAAUUAUUAGAUGAAAAUAAUGAUAGUAUACGUGCACAAACUUGUUCAUUAAUAGUUAAUCUAGUUCAAGGUAAUGAUCAUUGUCAAAGAAUUAUUGUUCAAUCUGGUUUAAAAGAAAAAUUAUUAAAAAUUUUUGAUGAAUCAAAUAAUCCUGAUUUAAAAACAAAAGCAGCUACAGCUAUAUCAGGUAUGAACAAAUAUAAUACUAAAAGAAAUGAAGUCAACCUCGAAAAUGAACAGAAAACAAGUACUUGA